GUAUAUUUGUGAUUAAAUUUGACAAAUGUAGCAUUAGCUUCCAUUUUCAACGAAUGAAUUAGAACAUUUUGAAAUAGAGCACACUCAUGGUUCACUAUCUAAAUUUAAACCUCCCGUUUAUAAAUAAAAGGAUCAAUUGAUAAUCGAUAAAACCCAUACUGUCCAGUUAGAUCAUGAGAUUGAUGAGGAUGUGAAUUCUAAAUUUCACUUUACAGUCAUAAUGGUAGCAAUAUUAUCUGGUAAUUUUGGAUUGGGCUACUCUUUGCCUUACUUAUCGAUGUCAUUUUCUACAGUGUUUUCUUAGAUUGAAUUAAAGGGAUCAGAAACAUCUGAAUAAGGAUUUUUUAGUGCAAUUUUGUCUAUUGGUUGUCUUGUUGGUGCAAUUUUUACGAAAUUCUUAUUGAAAUACACAACUCGGAAUUAAUCACUCAUAAUCGCAGAUUUUUGUGGUUUUUUAAGUAUUUUUGCAGUGAUUCCAAACCGAGAAGUUAUUUUAACAUUCCGAUUUUUUUAUGGAGUUUGCAUCGGCAUUUAAACCAUCAUAAUGCCCAUAUAUUUAAAGGAAUUGUGUCCAUAGAAAUACUAUGAUAAGUUCUCAGUAAUGUCAGGUUUCUUUGUGGGUGGAGGGUUGCUUUUUGCAAAUUUCAUGGGCUUAGGCUAUAUAAACAGCGAUUUGAGAGGAAAGGACUCUCAUUAUUGGUAGAUUGUAUUUGCAAUUCCAGCAGUUGUGUUCUUAUUCCGAUUUACAGUAUUGACAAUUCUGUAUAAGAUGGAUAGUCCAAUAUCAUUGAUAAUUAAACAUAAGCCAAUAAAGGCAAAAGGAAUAAUAGCAUAUAUUUAUUAACCAGUGUGUGUUGAAUAAGCAUUCCAAAAAAGUUAAUUAAGAGUUUCGUAUGAUGAAGAACAUAAAGAAGGCAUAAUGAGUCUGUUUACGAGAAAAAAUAGAAAGACAUUAGCGAUAGGUUGUGUCUUGAUGUUUGUUUAUACGUGGUGUGGAUUAUUUGCCAUAUUCUCAUAUAGCUCUCAGUUUUUUGCAUCUAUGUCAGAUGGAGAUGUGACUUUAAAUACAUUCUUUACACUGAUUUUAGGCAUUGUAUAAUUUACCCCUGCUUUCAUAUCAUCAUUUGUUUAUAGAAAAUGGGGAAAACGAAUUAUCCUAUUGUCAGGAUUAUUUUUUAUGAUAAUAUGUCAAAUAUUAAUAAUUGGCUUGAGUUACACUGACGUUAUGGCAGCAGUAAUAGUAAAGUUUAUAGUAAUAUGUUUGUUUUCAUUUUUGUACGCUUUAACAUUGGGUCCAAUCACUUGGUCUAUGACUCCUGAGAUAAAUUCAAGUGAGGGAACUUACUUUUGUUUUGUGACUCUAUACGCCUGGCAAUUACUGGUCUUAUACAUAUUCCCUUUCAUGCUCAGUAGUUUGCAGAUGAGUGGAUCUUUUGUAGUAUUCGCAAUAUUAACAGUCAGCAGCAUUUUAUUUUUUUACUUUUCUGUAAAGGAGACAAAGGGAUUGAAUCACACGGAGAUAGAUAAGGUAUAUGGUAAAGAGGAGAAAUGA